GCUCGGCCGCUGUUUGUUAGCAUAGCAUGCGACGCUGCAGCAGACCCAACCAGGAAGUCAAUAAAGUUGCUAAUUAACAUUAGCUCCACUUUGAUUUCCAUCUAUUCACGUUGAAACGACAGCAUGAGUUCCGCCGGCCCUCCGACUAUUGGGGAGCUCUUCCUCAUCCUCAGUGAGAUGGGGUUCUCAGAGGAACAGAUCCAGGCAGCUAUACAGGCGGGGCAUUUUUCUGCGUCGGACGCGGCUGAAUGGCUCUUGCAGGGUCAGUAUCCACGGCACAGAUUGGUCAAGCAGUCACCGCAGCCAGCUGAGACGGCAUUUUCGGCUUUCAACCCACCCAAAGAGGCAGCUAGCACUUCAGAGACGCAUAAAUCACCUUCUGACAGCAAAGCGUCCCCUUCAUUAGUGCUGAGACCACAAUCACAAUCAGGCGCCCUGUCCCCAGAGCCACUACCAGUCGAGUCCCGCAUCAAACAGGACAAGAGUGACUUUGAGGAGCAGCAGAGACAACGUGUUGCCCAGGAGGCCAGAGCGGAGAGAAGACAAAAGAAACAGGAGCGCGAGUUGGUGUUAAAGCGGAUAGCUGAGGACCGGAGGAGUUUGCAGGAGAAGAACCAGACCAGCGCUGCCACAGAGACGUCUCCUCCGAGCGGUCAAGGACAGAGACUUGGAGGAAAGAUUCAGACAAAUGUGGACAACAACUGCGUCCUCAUGAUCCGGCUCCCAUCCGGCGAGUCCAUGCGUGAACGCUUCCCAGCUGAUGCUCCUCUCCGCAGCGUCGUGGAGCACAUCACGGGACGCCACCCCUCCCUCCCCUCCUUUUCUCUCCUCCAGGGGUUUCCACGGAAACGCUUCGGGGAGGCAGAGCUCGCUUGUUCACUGCACUCUCUUGGCCUCACUCCCAACGCCGCACUGUGUAUUCAGACAACUCCUCCAGAGACGCCUCAGGAUCCUCCGAGUCCGGCUGAUGCACCGUCAGCGGGACAGAACGAGCCGUCUCCUUGUGUUGUGUCUCCUCAGCCUCAUUUCCCCGACCUGGAGAGGGUGGGAGGGCACGACCGCGCUCUACCUCCUCCUCUACCCAACCAGCUGUGGGAGGAGGCCGUGAACUACGCAGGGAUACCAGGAGCUGGUCCCUCACUGUCUGGGCCGUCUCACUUUUGGGGUCGAGGCCAGCGGCUGGUUCCUGGUAAUCCCGAGGAAGAUGCUGGCAUCGAGGUCGAUGACGAACAAGGAGAAGAAGAAGAGCCACCUCACAUGCUGAACGGAAUGCCGAGGCUGCCUUUCUUCCCCGAGAACAGGAUUCGUGGAGAAUUUGAGCCCAGGCAUCACUGGCCAGAGCAAGGCAAUCGACUCAGGGAGGCUCCAGAGGAGGACCCAGCAGAGCCUGAGGAUGCGGGAGGCCGGGCGGCGCCUGGAGCUGCAGGUCUGGCUGCAGUGGAGCGUCUGCAGAGAGCUGCGCAGCAAGAAGACCCCCGUGCCUCCCAGGGACAACCGUCACCCCCUAAAAGACCCUUCAGGGCACCCAGCGUGCCGUCCCUUUGUGCCUUGGCCACUCGUGCAACUGUCCACCUCAUGACUGCUCCCAGCAUGCAGUACAGCAGCAGUCUGGCCUGCCUCACCCCGGAGCUAGCAGAGCUUCUGCUCAACCACAUGUCCCGUGAGAGGCUGCUACGUCCACGCACCCUGGAGCUCUUCUUUGGCUGCCCGCUGCAGAAGUUUGUCCUAAACUGCUACCCUUACUCCACCAAUGAGCUCCUGCGGCAGCUACGAGCCUUCACAGCGCUAAAGCAUCUGAGUCUGGUCAACUCACCUCUCAUCACUGACUCUGGGCUGACAAUCCUGUCCAGCCUGAUCAAACUCCAGUACCUCAACCUGGCCUCCUGUAGCAAACUGACCGACUCCUGUCUGCAUCACAUCACAGGUUUGAAGAGCCUGUGUUUCCUGUCCCUGGACCAGACCAAAGUGACGGAUGCUGGGAUGGUACUAUAUCUCCAGUCAGCUCCGUCCUCUCUGUCUCAGCUCAGCCUGAACCAGACGGCAGUGACUGAAGCCACACUGGUCGUCCUGCCCGCCUGUGUGCCACAACUGCGGCUCCUCAGCAUCAAGCACACUAAGGUCAAGGACGUGUCAGCUUUGGCAGAGCUGUCCAAUCUGCAGACUCUCAACCUGGAUGGGACAGGUGUGACAGAAAGCUCCCUGGAGCACCUGGCCACCCACCCUGCCCUGUCCUCCCUCAGUUUGGCGGGAAUUCCCGUAGCGGAUGGCAAUCACGCCCUGCAGAUCAUCUCAGGUCUAAAGUUGACUCAUCUGAUCCUCCCUGGACGGCACUCUGUCACAGACAGCGGGCUGUCACAUCUCUCCCGACUCUCUCUGCUCUUAGAGCUGGACCUGACGGACUACACACAAGUCACCGACCAGGGGGUCAGCCAGCUCUCCACCAUGAACAGGUUGAAGAAGCUGUCGCUUAGCAACACGCAGGUGACAGAUGCAGGGCUCCCCUCGCUGCGUGGCCUGCAGGAGCUGCAGGAGCUCUGUUUGGACCGAACGGCAGUCACCAGCCGAGGAGUGGCCGAUCUCAUCACCUGUCUGCGGCACCUGCAGGUGUUGGGGUUAGCCAGCACUCAGGUUGGAGACACAGUAGUGAGGAGAGGUUUGCUCCGCUGCAAUCAGCUUGUGAAGCUUAAUCUCAGCCGCACACGGAUCACAGACCACGGUCUAAAGUACUUGAAACACGUGCACCUGGCUCAGGUGAACCUUGAUGGCACCGGUGUGAGUCUGAUCGGCAUUGUGGGCCUCCUCUCUUCCACCAACAUCAGCAGCAUCCGUGCGAGCAACACUCGCAGCAUCCCUCCUGACGAGGUCUCAGACGAGGAGUGGGAAGCCCAGUGAGCAUCGAUACCUUCGGUCGGUCCACGCCUACUGUACCCGAGCACGCCUCUGACCGCUGCGGUCCCCUUUUAGCCCCCCUGAGACAUGCUGCCGAAAACAGCAGAACUGAAACACUCCUCCUAUUUGCACUGUUUCAACUGCAGCUAGUGCCACUAAUCUGUCAAUCACGCACGCUACCAAGUUGAAACCUUUAAAACGGGAGCCUGGUUCUUAAAAACCAGGCCAUUAUUAACGUUUACAUAUAUCGAAAUCAAUCUGUGUUUAUUUGCAUUUCCACUGCAGCCCUUUGUGGAAAAACUCCACCUGACAAACUUAAAGCUUUACGUGCAGCCUUAUAGGUUGAAACAAUCUGUGUUUCUCCUGGUUGGCACUUUUUGAGCCGACUGGCAGUCACAUAUUAAAUGUUGGAAAUAUAACAAUUAAUACGGCAUGUAUUCUCAUACUGUAAGACUAACCGCUUGGUAUAUAUACAUUUAAACAAGAUCUAAGUAACAAAUUAUAAAUUCAACCAAAUAUGGUUGGAUUCUUUUUUGGGAAGGAUGUGAAGGCAGAUAAUGUCUUUCAGUCAUUAUUCUGCCACCUCAUUAAAGACAACAUUGAGUAUUGAGCUGUAUUCAUAUCAUUUUGGAUUUAUUAGAAUAAUUUGAGAUUUACCCACUGAGUUUACGUCGAUCUCUACAAUGUUUAUUUUUUGUUGUUGAGCUUGAAUAUUUGGCUCUUAUUAAUUGUACAGCACGUGCAGCAAACACUACUGCAGAUGAUGGACGCAAGACGAUAAAAUAACGCAAGACGUAAGCUCGUGUUAGUGUAGGAUUGGCUUUAAAUACAUAAAAACAAAAAGAAUAUUAGAGUAUUGUUGCCACCAAGACAAAAUUAUUUGCUCAGUUUCUUGUUUUACUGAAAUAUUACAACAUACUCUCAUCAUCACUACGGUAUAAACAAAAUUAUUGUAUGAUGUCUAGAUCCCAGAGGUGUGGACCCGAGUCACAUGACUUGGACUUGAUUCUGACUUGAGCACAAAUUUGAUGACUCAAGACUUGACAAAAUCAAAAUAGACUUAAAACUUAACUUGGACUUAAAUUGUAGUAACUCGUGACUUCACCUGGACGUGAGCCUUUUGACGUGAAAAUACUUGAUACCUUCCUAAAAGUGCACAGAUUAAAAAGCAUGUUAUUUAAAAAGUAUUUGACUACCUGCGAAUGAGUCAACAAUCAACUAAAAGUUGCAUAUUGUCACUUCAAUGCUAUAAAUUUUUAGGAAAGUCAACACUUUAAUCCCCAGAUCCACAACGCUACAGCAUCUUAUUAGUUUGCAGGAGCGAACCAUUAAAAACUAACAUUACGGAACCGAGUGCCAGUUAGAAAAAAAACAAACAAACACGAAAUAAUGUCAUUCACAAACAAAAACUUUGUGACAAUAAGCAAAAAAAAAUCGUUUUUGUGUGCAAGAUGUGCAGAGGGAAAAUAGACGGCACAUAAAAAUUUGUUAGACAUUGGAAGUUGCACAAAAAAACAGUGAGUCGAGAGUAAUAUUAACAUAGUUUGUGAGCUAAAUUCUGAAAAGCAUUUAUGAUAUUUGUAAAUUUCACAUAAUACCAUUGUUAAAAUGCCGUUACAUUGCAAAACAAUAACUCUGCACCUCUGCAUAAGACAUUAUAUUGACUGAUCUGGAUCAGCGUUGAUUGUAUAUUUUCUUCUGAGACACUAAUCAUAUUAUCAUAUUUUGUGGUGGCAUUAAAACAUGGCCAUAACAUUUUUGUUCCGAUGCUCCUAUUUGACAUGAACACAGCGGUAAGAGCUCAUAAUGAUUUUGUUAUAUUACUUGUGUGAAUGUUUGUUUACAGCAAACAAGUCACCUAAAAACUCUUAAUUUUCCCCUUUUGAGUGCAUCCUGGCGAUGCGUUGGAUUCAGUUGUUUUUACAAAUGGUGGUCAUAUUACAACCUUUUAUUAGUGUUAGUUAUGCCAAGAAAUGCCAGUAUUUUUUGGACAGUCUGGCCAUUUUCAGUGACAUAGAUAACAGGGUGAGCAGCGUACAGUGUAGUGGCUGUGGGUUGAGGCAGGAUCUAUGCAGCCAUGAGGCUCACAAGCCAAAAUCCAAAGCAACUUGUUUAAUCACUUCAAGGUUUUUCCUCAUGUUUACAGAGAUGUAAAAUAGUUUAUUUUCCCAAAAGGCUUUUGAUUUUUGGAUAUGAGCACUGUAUUCAUUAAGUGUAAGAUGAAUAAUAAAGUCUUCUGAAUCUAAA